AUGUCAAAUGGAUUGGUUAUGUGCAAACGCUACUUCUCACAGGCAUAUUGUAACUUGAAACGAGUUAUCCCUCCACUUAUUGAUUUUGAAACGGGAUUUCCCAAGACAAACAUCGCACCUCCCAAAGUGAUCGACGCUUUUACCAUCGAUAAGCAAAAAAUGCUACUCAAAAGCUAUGGAUUAAGAGAAUCAACGUUUAAGGGCCGCGUAAUAUCGCAGUUAUCGGUUAAAAGAGUUAAAUUUGCCGGCAGAAAUAUUUAUGGCAGACUAGCAAAAAGACAUAGGGGUGGAGGGGUGGCACAACGAGUAAGAUUACUAGAUUUUAAAAGGCAGAGGAAAGAUAUAUACUGCACUGUACUUCGAGUAGAAUACGACCCUACUAGGAGUGCUCAUUCUGCGCUGGUUCAAUAUGAUGAUGGGGUUUUAUCUUAUAUUUUGUCGCCCGCAGGAAUUAGACCGGGAAUGAGAUUGCUUUCCAGUUUACAUGCAGAAAUAAAACCAGGAAAUUCGCUGCCUCUACACAAAAUUCCUGCUGGAUCUAUUGUACACAAUUUGGAGAUUAGACCGGGAGCCGGGGGCCAAAUUGCAAGAGCUGCUGGCACUUUCGCCACAAUUAUAUCUAAAGAUGAUCAAUUUGCCACGCUAAAAUUAUCAUCUACAGAAAUUAGGAAGUUCCCAUUAGAGUGCUGGGCCACUAUCGGUCAAGUAUCGAAUGUUUUACAUGGACAACGGAUCAUUGGGAAGGCUGGGAGGAAUAGAUGGCUUGGGUGGAGACCUGAAGUAAGAGGUGUAGCUGCUAACCCAAACACUCACCCACACGGGGGUGGAUCAGGGAAGAGACAUACCAAAAGACCAAAGUGUUCAAUUUGGGGCAUUUGCCGAGAUGGAUACAAAACCCGUUGUAAAGCAAAACCAUUGGGAUUUAUCGUACAGCGGAAGCUCUGUGGGAGAUUGCAAAAGAAGUAUGGCCUACACUAA